AUGAAACGAAGAAGCGAUAAAUUAUUAGACCUAGUUUUAAAGGAAGACGAUACAAUCCCUUACGGUAACAAGAGAUUUGAAACCGUGACAACAGAACACAUAGUAACUAAACCGUCUAAAAAAUCAAAGCGUGCCAAAUCGCUUUUCCUUGCCUCACAAUAUAGUGAUUCUGAAAAAAUAUCUGAGCCUCUUGUCGGUUCAUUAGAUGAAUGCUGUACAUUGAUUAAUCGUCAGGAAAACAAAUCUAUAUGUAGAGAUAGGGACUUAGAUAUGCUAAUAGAACCUCAUCCUUCCUCGAGUAAACAUUCACCUUUUUUAUAUUCACCCCCAGCCAAUGAAAACCUUUCCUUUUUAAGAAGCGGCGUUAAAACAAGAGGAGGAAUGCGCCGAAAUACAGGUAUUAAAAUACUUAAAUGUCAAAAAGUAGACUUACACGAUGGUAAAGUAACAUUGAUUAAUUUAGAAGAAAAUAGUGAAGGUAAUGAUGACCUAAAGAAUGAAAAAAAUAUUCAUACAGAUCUAGAUAAAUCAGUGCCAAAUUUAGAUAUUAUGGAUGAAAUGAGAAAUAUAUUUGAAGGGGAAGAUGAAGAAAAACCGAAAGCAAAACUAUCCUCUACAAAACUAUUGACUGAAGAAGAACUUAUUAAGAUGCUGGAAUUAGAAGAUGAGUAUACAGAAGAAGAAAGUGAUCAGGAAAAUCUAUCAGAUGAUUGCUUAUAUUCUGACGCGAGUGAAGACGCGACGCAAAUAAGUGAAGAUGGGACACAAUUGAGCGAAGAUAAUAAUAUAAAUUUUAAUGAAACAUUACAAUUAACUGAUGAUGAAUGGAAAAAUGAACGUGAUCCUACUAUUGUACCUAUAGAUUUUGAUGGAUACGAUAAAAAACUCAAAAUUUUGCCUGAAAAAAAUGAACUAUACGGCUAUUUCAAAUUGAUUGCGACUGAUGAGUUUUUUACAAUGUUAGUCACAAAGAUUAACAAUUACGCGUUUAAGUUAUUGUCGAAUAUAUUAGAUCCUAACAGCAGACUGAGACUAUGGAAAGAUGUAACUGUUCCAGAAAUUAAAACAUUUUUGGGUAUUUUGUUUCACAUGGGAACUAUCAAACUAAAUCGAGUCACAGACUACUGGAAAAGGCAUCCACUGUUUAAUUUACCAGCUUUUUCAAAACACAUGAGCAGAAACAGAUUUCUGUUAAUAAUGAGAUCAUUAAAUUUUGAAGAUGACUUAUCCGAUAACAGGCUGGCAAAAAUAAUAAGUUUAAUCAACUUUUUUAACCAGCGAAUGGGAGAAAUUUAUUUCCCGUCUAAAAAUCUGGCCAUAGAUGAGUCAAUGGUUUUGUUUCGUGGUCGUUUAAUAUUCCGUCAAUAUUUAAAAGGCAAAAAGCAUCCCUACGGUAUAAAACUUUAUAUACUAACUGACGAAUAUGGGGUAAUUAUGAAGAUUAUUGUAUAUACCGGCGCUUCGGAUACUUUAGUAGGAGGAGCCAAUCACAGCGAAAAAGUUGUUUUGAAUUUACUAUCGGAUUAUUUCAAAAAGGGGUAUUCCGUUUAUAUGGAUAAUUUUUAUAAUUCAGUAAAUCUUGCACAAAAAUUGUUGUCUCUUAAAACAUAUUGUACAGGUACUUUACGUAUAAAUCGAAAAAAUAAUCCAAAAGAAGUCUUACUUAGAAAAUUGAAACGUGGCGAAUCGAUAGCGAAAUUCAAUAGUAGUGGUAUUGGUGUUAUGAAAUGGAGAGACCGACGGGACGUUUUAAUGAUUUCAUCACAAUAUGGAUCCGAUAUGACCAUCGUUACGAAUCGACGCGGUGGGACCGUUUCCAAGCCUGAAGUUGUUGUAAAAUACAAUAAGUACAUGGGUGGUAUAGAUUAUCAGGAUCAAAUGCUUGCAUAUUACUCAUGUGAGCACAAAACUAUACGUUGGUACAAGAAGUUAGGAGUUCACGUGUUCCAGCAAAUGUUAUAUAAUUCGUACACACUGCACAACAUUUUUUCGACGAAGAAAAGUUUCAAUUAUUACAGGCUUGAAAUCAUAAUGAAAUUGUUAAAUAUUGAUGAAGAAGACACAAUGCGUGGCUCAGUUCCAAAAAAUCAAGUGCAUGUUCUUCAACAGUGUUCCCGUAAAAAUGAUGGCAGAAAGAGAAAAAUUUUACGACGUCGGUGUAGACAGUGCUGGGUUUCUAAAAAAAUCCGAAAAGACACUUCAUAUUUCUGUCCCGAUUGUCCCGAACAAUACGGUUUUUGUUUGAAUGAUUGUUUCAAAGAGUACCACAACUAUUAA